AUGAACAGCAACCAGACGCUGGCGAUGGAUUCAAAUAUUACUUACCCUUCUCGCGAAUUAUUUGAAAAACUGAUCGACGGUAAAGAAACAUCACUUUUUAUUCUUAGAAAUAAUAAGAAUACUGUUCAAGCUGCUGUCACCAAUUAUGGUGGAAGACUAGUUUGCCUCUGGGUACCAGAUAAAAAUGGAAAAAUAAUCGAUAUUUUGGAAGGAUUUGAUAACAUUGUACAAUACACAGAAGGUGCUGAUAAUUAUUUCGGGGCAAUUAUAGGACGAUAUGGUAAUCGAAUUGCAAAUGCAAGAUUUAUAUUAGAUGGAAAAGAGUAUAAAUUAAAUGCGAAUAAUUAUCCGAAUAAUUUACACGGUGGUAACAGGGGAUUGUCACGUCGAGUUUGGAAUGCCACUCAGACUGCCUACAACACGUUGGAACUAACUUAUUUCUCUCCGGAUGGAGAAGAAAGUUUUCCUGGUAAUUUGAACAUCAAAGUUAUUUAUACCCUCACCGAUGCUAAUGAAUUGAAUAUUCAAUACGAAGCAACGACAGAUAAAAAAACUGUUAUUAAUCUAACGAAUCACGCGUAUUUCAAUUUAAACGGACAAGGUAGUGGAAGUAUUCUCAAUCAUCAGUUAUGGAUUAACGCUGACUACUAUACUCCAAUCGACUCGUACCUAAUUCCAAAAGGAGAAAAGCAUGAAUCUGUACUCAAUACUCCAUUUGAUUUUCGGAAUAUGACAAAAAUUAGCGAGGGUAUCAAAGAAGAAACGAAUAACGAGCAAUUAAUUUCUGGAAAAGGAUAUGAUCAUAAUUUUGUUUUGAAUAAUAAAGGUCAUGUGGCCAGUGUCAUUGGAGAUUUAUAUGGUAUUCAAAUGGACAUUUAUAGCACAGAGCCUGGUCUCCAAUUUUACAGUGGAAAUUUUUUAAAUGGAUCAAAUCGAGUUAAGAACGACAAAAGAGAUAAUUAUCGAACUUCGUUCUGUUUAGAAACACAACAUUUUCCAGAUUCCCCUAAUCGAUCAUCAUUUCCUUCAGUAAUACUAAGACCGGAAGAAAUAUACAAAACAAAUACCAUUUACAAGUUUUCUGUGAAAGACGACUUAAACAAUGCAGCUAUAACUUACAGUUCUCUUUACUAUGGAAAAAAUACACAAUCAAUUCUUUUAUUACUAUUUUGCUUUUUUGCAGCCACUGUAUUUGCCAGAGAAGAUAAAGACAUUUUGCUUUUUAUCGUGUCACAGGAUUUCUCAUAA